UGAGAGUAGUCCUUCAUCCCUCUGCAUCCCGAAAUUCAUCUGCGCAAAGAGAUGAGCAGGUACACGAUUCUCCCCAUCCGCCCUAGCAUGGAUGGUUGUGAGGGUGAUUAGGUAAAAUUUUUGUUCGCAUAUUUUGCAUUUUAUUAUGCGUUGCAUGAUUUUAUAAAAAUAACCGGUAGAAGAGAUAAUGCUGAAAACAUUGAUUGUCAUUUAAAGAAUUUGCAUGUGGAAUAUUUCUGAAUAGAAGAUGUUAGUAUUGUGUGGGAAAGAAUGGAUUUAGUUCGCGAAACAUGGUCUGCUUGUAAUCAAUCUCCUCGAACCCCCUCAUUGUGAAAAAUGUUGAAACAUUGUGAGGAGACAGCAUGACCAAAUUAUACGAGUUCAACUGGCAACGGCCCGUUCCUCCUGUCCUCCUCAAGGGCUGCAUAUUUGACCGUUGGGAGGAAGAAAAAGAACAAGCUGCCUAUGAGCCUAAUGCCUUAUUUAAAGUGGAUGAAUACGGCUUUUUCAUCUACUGGAAAAGUGAAGGCAGGGAUGGUCAAGCCCUUGAGCUGUCCCAAGUGAAUGAUAUUAGAGCCGGUGGAGUUCCUAAAGAUGCAAAACUACUGACUGAGCUACAGGCCAAACAUAAAGUCAACUUAGAAGACAUCAGCCUUACCAUCUGCAGCGGCUCAGACAUGGUUAACAUCAACUACACUCACGUCAUCUGUCCUGAUGUAGAUACUGCAAGGGAGUGGCAAGAAUGUCUUCGUUACAUCACUAACAAUAUCAAAGCAAACAAUGUUUGCCCCAUGACAUGUCUUAAAAAGCAUUGGAUGAAGCUUGGAUAUCUUGUAGACCCUGAGGGAAAAAUGCCGAUAAAAAGGAUAGCACAAACAUUUGCCUCUGGUAAAACAGAAAAGUUAGUCUACCAAUGUAUUGGAGAAGUCGGAUUGCCCAAUGGGAAAAAUGAUGUGAUUGAUGGUAAAGACUUCACAUUCGAAAAGUUCCAUCAACUGUAUAACAAGCUAUGCCCCAGAGGAGACAUCGAAGAACUUUUUAAAAACAUCACGCAAGAGAAAAGUGACACCAUAACAGCAAAACAGCUCAUUAAUUUUUUGAAUAAAAAACAAAGGGAUCCACGAUUAAAUGAAAUUCUGUACCCUUUUUAUGAUGAAAUGAGAGCAAGGGAAAUUAUAUCGACUUAUGAAAGAAAUCCAGAAUUGGCGACGCAAGGUCUCUUGAGUCAAGAUGGUUUAAUUCGAUACCUUAUGUCGGACGAGAAUGCCCCAGUAUUUCUUGACCGACUUGACAUCUACAUGGACAUGGACCAACCUUUAGCUCACUAUUACAUCAAUUCCUCGCAUAACACUUACUUGACUGGGCGACAGUUCGGGGGUAGGUCGUCCGUCGAGAUGUACCGACAAGUGUUGCUGGCAGGAUGCAGGUGCGUUGAGCUAGAUUGUUGGGAUGGAAAAGGGGAGGAUGAGGAGCCAAUCAUUACUCACGGAAAAGCUAUGUGUACUGACAUUCUUUUUAAGGAUGUCAUCGCUGCUAUAAGAGAUUGUGCAUUUGUUACAUCUGAUUAUCCUAUAAUUCUUUCAUUUGAAAACCAUUGCAGUAAAAAACAACAGUACAAACUUGCCAAAUACUGCGAUGAUUGUUUAGGGGAUAUGCUUUUACGGGAACCUUUGCCUGCUUUUCCCAUGGAAGCAGGAGUUACACUUCCAACUCCAAAUGAUUUAAAAAGGAAAAUUAUCAUAAAAAAUAAACGCUUGAGACCAGAAGUAGAAAAACAGGAAUUGGAGUUAUGGAGGAAGGGUCAACUGCAAAAUGAUGAUGAUGACGACGAGAAAGAAGAUGCUGCUCCUGAUUUAACUCUCUUGGCAGAAGAAACAUCACAAGAUGGAGACAAGAAGGUAAGUUUCAAUACUGGAAGUAUAUGUAACGGUGGUUCCUCUUGUCGAGGGUCUACAAAAUCUCCUGAUAUAAAGGAAGCACCUCAACUGGAUGAGCAAAUAGCCAUUGCUAACUACAAAUACACUGGUGCAACAGUACAUGUGCACCCCUAUCUUUCUUCCUUGGUCAAUUACGCACAACCAGUCAAGUUCCAAGGAUUUGACGUAGCUGAAGAAAAAAAUCUCCAUUUUCAUAUGUCUUCCUUCGCUGAAAAUACUGCCCUUGGUUAUUUAAAGUCACAAGCAAUUGAAUUUGUCAAUUACAAUAAACGACAGCUAAGUCGUAUUUAUCCAAAAGGCACAAGAGCAGAUUCUAAUAACUAUCUUCCACAGAUUUUUUGGAAUGCAGGAUGCCAAAUGGUAGCCUUAAAUUUUCAAACGCCUGAUUUGCCGAUGCAACUCAACCAGGGAAAAUUCGAAUACAAUGGAGGUUGUGGUUACUUGCUGAAGCCGGACUUCAUGCGUCGUCCGGACAAGACGUUCGACCCCUUUGCGGAGUCACCUGUGGACGGUGUGAUAGCAGCUCAGUGCUCGGUGCGGGUCAUCUCCGGCCAGUUCCUCUCCGACAAGAAAGUCGGCACCUACGUCGAAGUGGACAUGUACGGCCUGCCCACCGACACCAUCCGGAAAGAGUUUCGGACACGCCUUGUCCCCUCCAAUGGACUUAAUCCCGUCUACAACGAGGAACCCUUCGUCUUCAGGAAGGUCGUCCUUCCUGAUUUGGCUGUCAUCCGUAUCGCUGUAUUCGAUGAAAGUAGCAAAAUGUUGGGGCAGAGAAUUCUUCCUCUCGAUGGUCUGCAGGCGGGCUAUCGUCACGUUUCUCUGCGUACCGAGGGUAAUUUUCAUAUGUCUCUAGCUAUGCUGUUCAUUUGUAUAGAGUUAAAAAUAUAUGUUCCUGAUGGUUUGGGAGACUUGAUGGACGCUCUGUCUGAUCCACGAGCAUUCCUGUCCGCUCAAGAGAAACGCUUGGCACAAAUGAGGGCGAUGGGUAUCGAGGAGGCAGACAUCCAGACCAAAGAUCUCCAACUUGGAGCCACAAACUCCAUCACCAAGAAGGACGAAGACAAAAAAGAUGAUUUCAAAAUAGAGCCUAUUAGUGCGGAAACUUUAAAAACAGAAAAGGCUUUUAUGAAACUGAUCAGGAAACAACAAAAAGAAAUGGACUCUCAAAAAAGAAAACAGCAUAAAGAGAAAACAGUUAUUCAGAAGCAACAAUGUUCGGCCAUUGAUAAAACGAUUAAAAAUAUAAAGAAGAAAAACCCUUCUAGCAGUGAAGACAUGGCCAACGAUCCCCAAAUCCGAGAACUUGUGGUGGUUCAGAUGAAACAAUGGUCUUCGAUGAUGGAGAAGCACCGGAAGGAAGAAUGGGAUCUGUCCAAAAGUCAUCUUCUGCAGCAGAGGGAAAUACUGCAAAGGCUCAUGGAAAUGGCUCAAACUUCUCAAAUGAAACAACUCGAGGCCAAAUUCGAAAGAGAGAACAAAGAGAUGAAAGGAAAGCAAGCUAAAGUGUCUGUAGAGACAGCUAGAGAAGUGGCUAGUGAUAAGACACUUCGAAACAAAGCUGAAAGAGAAAGAAGGUUGCGUGAAAAGAAUAGUAACAAUACAAAAAAGUUUAUUGAAGAGAGAAAAACUGCAGCGCUCAAACAGAACAAAGAAAGAGAAAAACUGAAGAAAGUGCAUGAGAAACAACUACAAGAUCUUGCCAGAGAGACUGAAUCCGCAAUAGAAUCUUACAACAAUGCAGAAGCAGAAUACAAGCUGGCAGCCAAAAUGGAAUGCUUCAUCUGAAGCGAUGAAAAAAAUAUUCCGUUCGCAAAAGCCAUUCCUUUUCAUCUUAUUUCCAAACUUUUUCAUUGCUGCUGGAACGUGUCAAAGGAAUCCCACUGUGCCAAAUCAACUCAAUUCUUUCUUUAAGUUUUUUUGACACGAUCUUGUAGUUUACAAUUCCGAGUAUUUGAUUACUAGUCUUAGCGACUGGAUGUAUUCUCAAGACGGAGAAGAAAAAAAUUUCGCUUCACUGAAAGCUAUUCAAACGGUGCUGGAACUUUCAAGCAUACAUUUUUCUUGAUAUUAUGUAAAGUUUCAUAUUGCAUAUAUGACAACAUUAACAGUAUUAAAUAUUUAUUUUUAAUUAUCAGAUCGAAUGUUUUAAAAAUUCGUUGCAAGAUUUUAUUGGAUAAAAACUAAAUUGGUUGCUUUAAACCAAAGAAGAAUUUCAAUACCUUUGAGAUGACUAGUCAAAAUUAUGUGAUAUAUGCCUGGCAAUUUUUACAAUUUUCAUUUACUGUUAUGUGUAUUGUUUGCAUAGGUAUAACUAUCUCUUUUCAGUAAUGUAUGCAUUUGUGAAAAUUUCAUAAUUAUUUUAAAAAAUUAAAUCUCAAAAUUGCUUCCUAUUUUUGAUGCUACUUGACACUAAGUGUUAAUUAUAAAAUGAAGAAGUUGUAUUGAUUAAUUUUUCACUCGUUGCUGUUUUAAAUCAUGCUCAAUAUUGUUUUUCAAAAUGUUUAUGACUGAAAGCUUACAAAAUAUAAAGCAUUUCAAAAUGAAAUUGUAAUUAACUUUUCAAGUAUCAAUUCCACAUUCAUUUUGCAUUUUUUUGUAGAAAUCUUCACUUUUUCUUAAACAUGAUGUUUUUCAAUCUGUAUUGAGAAGAUAAAAAAGCUCAUUAGAAGAGCUCAUUUCUCUUUACAAAUUAAAUUAUUUUAUAAAAAGAACAAUUAAAGUUUUUAAGUGUAAUCAUAUUUCAAAACUCACAACUCUUAUAGAUAUACAUAUUCAUUUUUUAUUAAUAUUGAUAAUAAUCAAAUGUCAGGCUGUCAAUAUUAAGCUAUACUGAUAUUUUCAUGAAUAUCGAUUAAAGGGUUCUUAGGCCUGGAAAAAAAUUUUACACAGGAAAAAUUCAUCAAAAUGGAUUCAAAUAUUUAUCAUUAUUUCAAAGAACUUCUAAUAGAAGAUAUUUUUGUCUGAACAAUGAAUUAGGCAAUAUAGUCUAAAACAAAGGCAAUUUAUAUGUAGACUUGCCAAUUUGAAUGUCUUUCAUUACAUUUUACUCAGAAAUAUUUUCAUUAUCUUAAAAAAAAUCAUUAAUUUCAGGAAAGUUGAACUGAAUUCUGCAUACAAUAUUGCUUUUAUAUUUUAAGGUUUAUUCAUAUUUUACCUCUCAAAUAAAUUUGAGUAUUAUUUUUGAAAAAUGUUCAAAAUAUUUACUAAAUAUUAUAUAAGUAUUACUAGUAUUACUAGUUACUAGAUAUUACUAAUUAUUAUACAGACUUUAUGUAAAUUCCUUUUAAUUAAUUAUUAUUUCAAAAUAAUGAAUGAUUGUUAUUUUGUACAAAAUCACUAUACUCAAAGUAUAAUUUGUUUUGAGAAAAAGAGUAUUUAUCCCUUUCAUGAAACAAUGCUCUGUGAUAUCAAAUGGAUGCUAUUAAAGACUACAUAUAUAGAUAUAUACAUAUAUUUAUGUUAUUUUGUCCGUUGCUUAAGUAGUCCAUGAUUAAAUGAGUUAUGUGCUUUUUGGUAAUAGACACUUGGUGGUAUUUGUAGAAAGUAAAUAACCUAUCUAUGGUUAGAUUUUAUUGUUUGGUAUUUUGAUUUGGCGAUCGAUUUCGAUGAGAGAAAGUUGAAGUUACUAUGAACGAAAAGUAUCAUAUGUGUCAUACUAUUUGAAAUUAUACUACUGCUACUUAGAGUUAGGUUUCUAAUGCUAUGAAUGCAGAAAAGUUUUAGUCUUUAUUAGUUACAGUAAAAAGUGUUUAUCCCGAGCAAUCUAUAGAUGCAUAUUUGAUUUGGCGAAAACUGUAUCCAAAUUUAAAAACCAAUGCUGUUAUAAGUUUUAUCUAUUGAACUAUGUUAGCUACUAUUAAUAUUAACUAAAUAUAAUCACAUUAGCAUGGUUUUGCUCAUCGUUAAUAGAAAAAAGACAAAUAAAUUUGGAAAGUAAAAUAAUUAUAUGAUUAUCGGGGUCUCAUCAUCAUCAUAGUUGGCCAGAUAGCCCAAUGUGAGCCAAUGCCUUCCUCUGAAGAUUUCUCCACGAUGACUUCCGAUUUAUCUUUGAUCUCCAAUUUUUUUCAUUAAUCGGGGUCCACAAAAAUCAGAAGUUUCCAUGAGUCAGGAUUAAUUGUUGGGAAACGGCAUGUAAUGAAAUAAAAAUUAGCUCAACGGCUUUUUGUUUUCGUGCAAUUAAGUGAAGAAAAUAUUUAGUUUCUGAUUUAUUAUUAUCUAAAACUAAAUAAAAUAGCCACAUGUAUGGUAGAUAAUUGUAAUGCUCAAACAGCAGUAGAAGAUAAAAUCGCAUAACAUCCAGCGUAUUUACACUGGAUGUCUUUAGAAAGAAUUUUCGGAAAUAUUCUAAUUUCCAAGUUUAAUUCAAAUUUAUUAAAGUUAUAAGCUUAAAUUUUAUUAAAACUGUAUUACAUGAUCCAUCAAUUUUUGGGAUAUUAGAAUAUAAGUAUGACAAAAUAUAUUUGUUAAUUACAAGUAUUGUGAUGUAGAAACAAAUAAUUUGUACUUCUUUAACGCAAAAUCUUCUAUGCAUCCAAAUAAAAAUCACAUUUUGAAGCAACAUUAGGAUAUUAAAAUCUAAACAAAAGAAACUGUAAUAGAAUGGAACGAUUAAUUAGUGAUCUGUGGCCGUGUAUAAAUCAAUAUUUCCACAUGAAACAUUUAUUUUUAAUUAUUUUCAAAUUGACAAAAAGUUACAGAAUCGUCAUAAAAAUAUUUGAUUAUUUAUUGAUUUUUCGUACAAGAUGUAGGUAUUGUUAUUUAUUUAAACAAAACUUUAAAAGUUCUUAUACUUAACGCAUACUUACUCUUGCACAAAGAUGGAUUUUUGAUAUAAUAUGUCUCACUUUUGUGUUGCCAAUACGAAAUAUAAUGAUUUAAUACUUUAAUAAAUGAAAGUCUAAAAAGGAAUAUUUCAUCAACAACUGGUUAAAUAAGGUUAAACUUGAUGCACAUUUUUACAAUGGGCUUCUGUUAUUGAACUUAUUGUGCUUUAGCGCUAUUGAACUCCGAUUUUUUUUUUCAAGAACUCAGAACUAAUUUCUAAAUAAUGGAACGACGAAUAAAAAGCAGCGAUUCUACAUACUUCCACAUAAAGUUCAUAACGUCUUCCUUCAUAAUGGACAUAUUUUAACGACAGUUUAUUUAGUGAACAUCAAAAUUCCCAUGCUUGAAAUUCCACAAAUGGUCUAUGAUCUUCCGAUAGAUAGGGGAAAAGUUCUUAAUAAAAAAACGUCCUUUUUUAAAAUUAAAUUUAGUACGUAACAAUUAUUAUCAUGUUUAUUAUUAUUACAUAGAGUGCACGGUGUAAAUCAUUAAGAAUCCGCAAAAUUUGCAAAACCCAAAAGAGCCACAGUGUUAUCUCGGAGAAAAUAAAAAUGUUAACAAAUCUGCAAAAUUCUGAAAAGGUGUCUUGAUAUGGAAGAGUACCAAGAUAGUACAAAAGCAUAAUAAAUAUGAAAGAUCUAAUUGUUAUAAUUUUAGACCAUGGAAAUGAUAAUAAACCUGCAAAAUCCUGAAAAGGUGUACUCGUAUGAGAGAGUACCAAGAUAGUAUAAAUAUAACAAAUACGUAACCUCAAAUUUUUAUAUUUUUUGACCAUAGUUAUUUACAGACAAUUAUGGCAAAAAAUAAUAUGUGAAAUAUAACUAAGUAUUCAUUCGUAUUUGAUUAGAAAUAAUGCACUUCAAUUAAGAACUUGAAAGAUUAAAUUGAAAGAUCAACUAAGAAAUACAUGCUUGCAUUGCAUAAGGAGGGUUCUCUUUGUGUAUUUUAGAUUGUUUUUGGUUGAGUUCACGAUUCCUUCUCAUUUUAGAUAACUGUCGCGCAUUUCCUCUAUAAAAAAUACAGUUAUCAGUUCUGAUCACCAAUAAUCAACAUUCACUUCAAUUAAACACUACUUGUUUCAUGAGUUAACUUCUUACGAAUGUGCAAUCCAAGGUUAAAAAUGAUUAUAUGAUUAUAACGUUUGUUUGGUGACGCCUACAGACGUUUAUUCAGAGAUGUUUAAUAGAAAUAUUCCCUUAGUGAGAUUUUUGAAUGAAAGCAUUAAUCUCAUUGUAUGGAGUUGUACAUCAGGCGGCAUGCUUUAGGUAAUAGUUGUUCGAAAAUGCUAUCAUUGGUUGGAUAGCUCAUAAGUCUUUCUUAAUGUGUGAUUAUGUGAUGAUAUAUAUCUGAUAGUCAGUGUGUGAUAAAUAUCUGAUGGCUUUGCGGUGACAUUCGUUAUUGGAAUUAAAUGGUGGUAUCAUUCUCGCAAAAUGUUAACAUAGAGAUAUACAUCUUUCAAUAUGCUAUAGUCAUCUUCCAAAUAAUGUUAUCUUCUUAUCAUUAUCUUUAGCUGAGUAACGUUGGACUGGGCGUUCCAUAAGAAAGUCAUGCGCAAUUAGAUAUACCUCUUUAAUGGAACGUUUCUAUUGCGGUAUACAUUAUAGGAUGCGUUUGCGUAAAACAGUAUUUACGCACCAUUAUCAUUAAUUUAAAAUUCAUUUUUUGGGAGGGGUAAAAAAAACAACUACUAUAAAUUAAAAUGCUUCUUAUUAGAAACAAAUUGUACCUUAUUUAAACAGUGAGAUUAUUUUGAAAUGGAUAUAUGAAAUCAGUAUUCACCAAUUUCCAAUCGACUUCAAAAAAAGUAUUCAUAAAAAUAAAAUUAUUAUAACAACCUCAUGUGACUACACUUAACAUUUAGCAUGUAACAAGCAUUUUAAGUCUUCAUGUUAUUAAAAGUUUCAUUCAUUAACUGCAUUGUUUAGUUUUUGGAUAUUAAAUGUAUUCUUAACAUAUGACCGCGUUUGACACGGAGAUGAAUAAUUCAGAAGCACAUUUAGAACAUUUUUUCAAGUGUAUAUAAGAAGUGUGUAUAAGAAUUUUAAAAUAUUUCAUGUUUUGUAUAUUAAUGAAAUUCUCAUUGUUUUGUUCUUAUAUUCAAAGGUUUUAUGAUUAUUUAAAAUUGAAAUUGAUUAAAUCUAUUUAAAGUUU